ACCAGGUAUCAUAAUGAUUGUGAGGUACAGUUUGUUCUUUUGGAAUGUGCCCGGAACUGUUUGUUCUUCAAUUUGGACCUACUUGUGGAUGUUACUGGACGACAACCCCGCAAAACAGCCGUAAACUGGAUUCAUCUUCCUUUUUUUAGUCAAUCAAAACCUAACACUUUAGAGUCCAUUUGUUGUUUAAACAUUCACGCGGCGGGAAGGCCAACGACGUACCUCAGCGACAUUUUCUGCGGAUUGUAAAUACCUUUAAAACCUACUAUUCCAUUUUACGUCCUUAUGAGCUGUACUACAUCUAAUUUGUGACGAGAAACACCACCCAAAAUGUCUUUAAAGUCACAGUUUAUUGCCAUUUUCUUGGGCGUAACAGGAUUUUUGGCCUCAUCAUAUGCGAUAGAUUGUGGUCAACCACCGCUGUUGGAGAACAGGAUUGUGGGAGGAAUGGACUCUUCAGACGGGGAGUGGCCCUGGCAGGUGGAUAUACAGAAAGCUGGUGCUCAUGUCUGUGGAGGCUCCAUAAUCACGGAGAACUGGAUCCUAUCAGCAGCUCACUGUUUCCCAAAUCCAUCUGAUGUGAGUUUCUACAUCAUAUACGCCGGCCGCUACCAGCUGAACGGCUUAAACCCUCACCAGUCGUCGCACCGGGUGAGCUACGUGGUGAUCCCGUCUGGAUACGUCGAGCCUCACAGCGGUAAGGAUGUAGCUCUGGUGCGGCUGUCCAUCCCAGUGGCCUGGUCGGAUUGGAUCCGUCCUGUGUGCCUGCCUGCCUCCGGCACCUUGUUUCCAGGUGGCAUGCCAUGUUACGUCACCGGCUGGGGGAACAUCCGCUCUGAAGUCCCGCUGCAAGGAGCGGGGCCUCUGCAGGAGGUGCAAGUGCCAAUCAUCUCGCAGGGUUCAUGUCAGGAGAUGUACCAGUUGGAGCAGGUGGACAUCUUAUAUGACAUGAUCUGUGCUGGGUACCAGGAGGGUGGCAAGGACUCCUGCCAGGGUGACUCAGGAGGGCCGCUCGUCUGCCAGAUGGUGAAUGGGACCUGGGUACAAGCCGGAGUGGUGAGUUUCGGGCUGGGCUGCGCUGAAGCCAACCAGCCAGGUGUGUACGCCAGACUCACCAGCUACUCCAGCUUCAUCAGAGACAACAUACCCGAGGUUCAACUGUACGGCCGAGCUCAUCAGCACCGGCUAAGAGGGACCGCCAUGGCUCUGCUCGGCUGUCUGUCCACCGUGCUGACCCUGCUUCGGCUAUAAGUAAGCUUCGACAAGUGGAUUUUAGGGAAGGUAAACCCGGGCCAAAUGAAGAGAUUCACUUCAUUGAUAUGAACAUGAAGUAAUAUGCACCAAGGAAUGUAAUAUAAUCAUAAUUUGUCGAGGUUAAAUGUGAUUUCUAAAUGUUUUUGAUACUUUAUUUUAAAUGGCGACUGAGCAAUACUGUUUUGUGUAUUUCAAAUA